UUUGCAAACACCACAAUUCUUCCAUUGGAAAACAACCAAUCACUAUAUAAACCCAACAAAUUCGCCCCAGUCUCAGUUGAAACCCAGCGCCGAACCCAAAACUCAAAAUGAAAAUUGUUUUGUGCCUUCUUGCCCUCGCCACGGUCGCACUUGCCAAAAAGUGCUUCUUGGCUGAGGACACCGAUAAGCUCGAGGUGAUGAUCAACGAGUGCAAGACUAAAACUGGAGUCCCUGAUGAUAUCCUCCAAAAGGCGCGAAACGGUGAAAAAAUCGAUGAUCCCAAAUUGAGAGAGCACGCUUUGUGCAUGAUGAAGAAAUCUGAGAUGAUGAACGAUGCUGGAGAGAUGCAAAUGGACAAGAUUAGGGCCAGGAUCAAGCAUGCUGUGAGCAAUGAAGCUGAAGGGACCAGGAUUAUGAACGAAUGUGCUGUGAAGAAGGACACACCUCUGGCGACCGCCUACGAAAUGAUUUGUUGUCUCAUCCGCAACAAAAAUUCGGUCGAUGAGUGAAGAAAAUAAAAAAAGUGUUAUUUCCUCUUGUUGUUUAUAUAAAUAAAAAUUAAGAAGCGAA